AUGCUGAUGGGAUGGCAGUCGCCUAUGACGCCAAUACUGCAGUCCCCGAACGGACCAGCCCCGGAACCCAUUACAGAUGACACCAUAUCCUGGAUGGCAUCGAUCACAUUCUUUCCUUCCAUCUUCUGUGGUGUUCUGGUUGGAGACCUGGCUGAUAGAUGGGGCAGAAAAACCACUACAAUGUUGACAUCACUUAUGCUGGUGAUAAGUUGGAGUAUAACACUUUUUUCACUUCGCCCAUGGGCGCUGAUCACGUCACGGGCAGUUGCCGGAUUGGCCUGUGCUGGCUGCUAUGUAGUCACACCAUUAUAUUUAAAAGAGAUAGCGUCAGACCGCAUAAGAGGCGCUCUAGGUUCCCUCUUCAUCCUGGUACAAAACCUAGGAUACCUGUUGGUCUACGUGGCUGGAGACCAACUCUCCUUUGCAACUGUAAUGUGGCUGUGCACUGCAAUACCUGUGCUGCAUCUACUGUUCUUCUUUGCUAUGCCGGAAACACCAGUGUUUUUAGUCAAACAAGGAAAAUAUAAGGAAGCCCGUGUGGCAUUAGCAUGGUUACGCUACACGUCACCCGAUGACAAGAAUCUUGAAGAGGAAGUCCAACAGAUGGAAAGAGAGGAGGAAUACGCGCGCUCUAUGAAAAAGAGUUCUUGGAAAAGUUUAUUCCAAGACAAGACAACAUUCCAAGCGUUCCGUAUAGCGCUCAGCGUAAUGCUGUCUCAAGAGACCUGUGGCUAUUUGGUUGUACUGAUGUACGCUGGUUCCAUAUUUGACCAGGCUUCGCAAUCUAUCAGUUUGAAGCUCAGUCCCAACAAACAGACUAUAGUGGUGGGGGUCAUACAGCUUAUUGGCUCUAUAGUCGCUAGUUGCAUUGUGGAGCAGACCGGACGAAAGUGGCUCCUUGCUGGCACAUCACUAGCGACGGGAUUGUCUAUGCUGUCAUUAGGAGCAUGGUUCUAUGUCACAUCACUAUCAAUAUGGCUGCCGGGAUGGUUGCCAGUAUUGGCUAUGUAUUAUGAAAGAAGAUAA